GAAGAUUGGGUCUGAGCUCUCUCGUUCCGGUUCCUCCCUCCUCACGGCGUCAUGACGGCGUCGACACCGCGGAUCACAACGGAGUCCAUUGAACAUACAGUCUAUCAGGUUUUUCCUUUGUCCCAAAUCUCCUCCUCGUAGAUGUGCAGCGCAGCGCCCCCUUUCCAUCGUAGAACUACCACGCCGCCGGCCGCCGUGCAGCACUCCUCGGUCUCGCCUCCGGCAUGGCCGCCGGGAUGCAAUAGCCCGCCUCACCUUCGUACUACAACAACCCCCGAGAUGCAACAUGCUCCCUCGCCGGCGGUGGCGGCGGCGCACACGCCGAGCUGGGAGACGGUCGACCUGCUGUCGUUGAUGCCGUCCACGGCCUCGGCCACGACGACCGCGGCCAUGCCCGGCGGCCGGGACCACAACCACGACUCCGAAUGUGCCUGUGUUGUUCUUACCAAGUUUUCUGAAGCAUACCACAUUCAGGCAAGACUGAAGCAUACUGCCACAUUCUGCUUAUUUAACCAUGGUAGUAGACUACUAGUAGUUUGCUUACCACAUUCAGGCUAGAUUACUGCAUGUGUAUGCAUUUGGGAGUAGCCUUGUCAGGAUGCUAAUUGGUGUGUCAUGUCUAUGCUUCAGAGCUUCAGUAUAGACUUGAUUAUAUGUGCUCUGCUUUGAUCUUUAACGCCUAGCUUUUAAUUUCUAAAUCAAAAUCAUAGACAUAUGCUAUGCUAAAAGACUUCUGUUUUGCAUGCUCCUGUUCCGCGCGGUAUAACACAAUCUGAUUUCAUUUAAUCUUUUAAGCCUUUCUGCAAGGUACACAACUUGCUCGCUACAGAGGAAAGAGAUGAUGCACAUUACUCCUUUCUGCAAGUAAAGAAAGGAUAUGUUCUCAUAACAAGGAUGGAAAGUAUAACGUCCUACAAAAACCAAUAUGGACAACACAGAUCUGGAACUCAAGAACAACUUGGUACUCAUGUAGCUGCUAAUGACAUGUGUGCACUGGAUGAAUGGCCAUCCCAUGCUCGCCGCAACCGUGCACAACUAUGGAAUGAAAGUGAUGGACAGAAUAAGAAAGGGCGAGGUGUACUUUUCGUAUUUAGGACAAAGCAUUUAAAGAGGUUCAAAACAAAGAAAAUGAAACUGAAGGUCCAGUUUCCAGUGAACAUAGAAGCAAUAUUUUCCAGACCGCAUAGAAAGGCACUCCGCAAUGCAACUCAUCACAGCCUCAUGGGUAUGGAUACAUGGCCAAACCACCAAGUGGUUCUGAAAAGGAUUAAAUCACAAUUUGAAGAGCAAGCACGUGCUACAGCAGAGAUCCAAAAGGUAAACUCUGAGCUCAGCCAUCAGGUCACCAAAUUACAAGAUCAAUUACAAGCUGAACGUGAAAGCACACAAGAGAGGAUUAACUUCGAGCGUGCUGAGAGAGAAAACCUUGAGGAGAGCUUAAAAGAAGAGCGUGCUGAUAUGGAAAGAUUGUUGGAAGAGGAGCGAAGAUCAACAUUGAAAUUUGAGAAAAACAUGAUGGCAAAGUUUGCACAGUUAUCCCAACAGACGCAAACACAUCAGACCGCUAGUACUACUGGGACUCUUGGUACAAGGCACAAUGUAAUUGCUCCCAAUACGCUCAUACAAGCUGCAACAAUUCGAAUGUUUCGAGCAAUGGUAAGUGGAUCCAAAGAUUAACUAGAAUGUACUCUAGACCAUGGACAAUUUACUCUUCGCUCUUAAUUAGGUUGGCACAUUCAGUAUGUUGAAUGUGUGCUUAUAUUUCAGUUUCAUUUGAUGGAUAUUGGCUAUGCAAAUAUUGAUAUUGUAUGAA